AUUAACAAUAAAAUAUUAAGAGCACCGACUUUAACCACAGUCGUCGUGAAUAAUCAAUUCCAAAAACUCACCCAAGAAAAACAAACCAAACAUAAUCAAAAUCAAUCAUAACAUUUAACGUCACUCAAAUUAAUCACUAAUCUUAUUUUCUCCAUCGAUUUCAAUUUUUCACCUAAAUUAGAAUUAGGGUUUUUCAUUUUCCCCUUUUCCCAAAAACCAAGAAUUUCUCGCACAAAUGGUUGAAAAAUCGGUACUUUCAAUAACAAACGAGGAUUCUUCUUCUUCUAGUGGAGUUUUAACAAAGGGAUUCACCGAUUGGGUUUUCGAGUGUCACGGGUUUUGGCACAAUGCUGUGUUGAUAAUCGCUUCUUUUCUCUUCGUUUUGUAUUUGGCUUUUCAAGCGAGGAAGAGCUUUUACAAACUCACCAAUGGUCGCUCUUAUAUCAUAAUUUCGUAUUAUGCUUCUCUUUGGCUUGUUAGCAUUCUCAAUCUCGCUUGGUGCUUUUCCCAGGCAUGGGAGUGCACUCCUGGGAAAGAGCUGACAUGGAACUUGUUGUCCUUGUUUACUUCUUCUGGAAUGCUGUUUCUGGAAGUGAGCUUACUGGCUUUUUUACUUCAGGGAAAUAAUGCAAGUGGUGUAGAGGCAUUGACACGAACUUUUGGUAUAUCUGGUAUCAUUGUUGGUUUUGAUGUCCUUUUAAAGGCUAUAUAUCUAUUUGCAUUUGGGGUCCCCUUGUUCAUCGACACCGAUCAUGGUACUCCUCGCUUGAAGUGGAACUUAUGGGUUAUCCACAAGCUCGUGCUCACCGUUGUUUAUGGGCUCAUAUUGUUCAUGUAUCAUUCUAGGUGGAGAGAAAGGUUACCCGCAAGACCUGCGUUUUACAAGUAUGUUAUUAUCAUGUUCAUCUUGAAUGCAAUUGCAUUGUUUGCUUGUGGGCUUACUGGAAACGGCGCUGGUUUUGGUUUCUGGUUUUAUCAUGUCACUAUUGUGUCUUACCAUGCCUUUUAUCUUCCACUGCUGUAUAUUACAUUUCUGGCAGACUUUUUUCAGGAGGAAGAUUUUCACAUGGAGAAUGUGUAUUACUCUGAGAUGAAAGAUGCUGGUUUUUUCGAAUCAGACUGGGAGUGAUGUGGUAUUAACUGUUAGAUUAGAUUAAUAAGUCCUCUACUAAUUGCAGGACAUACCUUUCACUAAAUUUGUAAAUAUGUUUGUAGAUCGCUUUGUAUAUCCUAUUUCGGAAAAAAAAAGUUUGCAGACAGUAACCUCCUUGAGUGUUUUGAUUGGUUUAUCAAAUUACAACCACCGCAGGUUACAUUUAUAUUGAUGUUUUUUUGACGAAAGUUAUACUUGGGACAACCAUUAUUUUUCUUUUUACAAUAAACAACAGCUUAACAUUUCAUAAAA